GAGGACGCGCCUCUCCUCCAGGCACCCUACCAUGGGCAAUACCUCCAGUGAGUCCCGGCGGCGGGAGACCUGCGAUACUCGAGAGUGGCUUCUCUCAGGCGAAAGCCCAGCCAUCAGCUCCGUGAUGUUUUCGGCUGGGGUGUUGGGAAAUCUCAUCGCACUGGCGCUGCUGGCGCGCCGCUGGCGGGGGGACUUGGGGCGCGGCGCCGGCCACGGGAACUCCAUCUCGCUGUUCCACGUGCUGGUGACAGAGCUGGUGUUCACAGACUUGCUCGGGACUUGCUUCAUCAGCCCCGUGGUGCUGGCUUCUUAUGCUCGGAACCAGACCCUGGUGGCACUGGCGCCCCAGAGGCGCGUGUGCACCUACUUUGCCUUCUCCAUGACCUUCUUCAGCCUGGCCACUAUGCUCAUGCUGUUUGCCAUGGCCCUGGAGCGCUACCUAGCCAUUGGGCACCCCUACUUCUACCAGCGCUGGAUUACUCACCGCGGCGGCCUGGCUGUGCUGCCCGCCAUCUACACCGUCUCACUGCUCUUUUGCUCCCUGCCACUGCUGGACCACCAGGAUUACGUCCAGUACUGCCCUGGGACGUGGUGCUUCAUUGGGCACGAACAGAGCACUUACCUGCGGCUUUAUGCCACCCUGCUGCUGCUCCUCAUCAUCGCAGUGCUCGCCUGCAACUUCAGUGUCAUCCUUAACCUCAUCCGCAUGCACCGCCGUGGCAGGAACAGCCGCUGCGGACCCUCCUUGGGCAGCAGCCGGGCUGGCCCUGGCAGCCGCAGGAGAGGGGAAAGGGUAUCAGUGGCGGAGGAGAUGGACCAUCUCAUUCUUCUGGCUAUCAUGACCAUCACCUUCGCUGUCUGCUCCUUGCCUUUCACAAUUUUUGCAUAUAUGAAUGAAACCUUUUCCCGAGAAGAAAAGUGGGACCUCCAAGCUCUUAGAUUUUUAUCAAUUAAUUCAAUAAUCGACCCUUGGGUCUUUGCCAUCCUGAGGCCUCCUGUUCUGAGACUCAUGCGUUCAGUCCUCUGUUGUCGGGCUUCAUUAAGAACACAAGAUGCAACACUAACUUCCUGUUCUACGCACUCAAAUGCCAGUAAAUCGGCUGACCUUUGAGGACGUUAGUUAAGAAGUAUUUAGUUAGCCAGCACAAUCAUUUUGAAACGAUUCCUUGGAGAAAUGGAAAAAAGUUCGUUUAUAAACACAAUGAAGCUACCCUAAUAAAACAGAGUAAACAAG